AUGAAUUUAAUAGUUCUACUGAAAUUAAAAAUAAUUUUGAUAUAAUUUAUCAUUAAAGUAAAUGGUAUUGGUUGUCCUUAUUGGAAAAUUGUGACUAAGUAAAAUAGUUAUAAUGUUUAAGAGAUGAUUUUACUUAAAUCCAAUCCUUAGAAAUUUUAAGAAGACAUAGCUGCAGUUGUAUUUUAUCCUUUUGUAGUAGGAAUAUUUAAUUUCGAAGAAAAUUAACAGUAUGAAAUAAUAGAAUCUAAUGACUCUGCUUAAUUAUAUCAAAUAGAUAAAGACGAUAGAGCUAGUUUAAAAGUAUCAAUUAUUAAUACUUUAGAUUCGAGAGGAAGAAUUAUAACUUGGAGCGCAGAAAAUGGAGCUUAAGUAUAGAUUAUUCAAAUUCCAACUGAUAUAAUAAUCAAUAAAUAGUCAUGUUUAAAUUCAUAGGAAAGGCUAGUAAUCACUUGGGAUAACAGCAUAUUAUCGUUGAUCGAUUAUUCAGAUAUAAGUUUAAGUAUAAAAAGUAUCAAUCUAACUUAAAAUACUUCUUUCCUUAAUUGCACAAAUGAUUAAUUAAACAGGAGGUUUUUACUUACAAAUGAUUUAGGUUAAGUUUUUAGUUAUGAUAUAGAAAAUAAAAGUAUCUAUUUAUUGUUUGAAUUAAAAUAAUUUUAAAACUUAUAAUCAUUAUAUCCAACUUCAAAUUAAGUAGCUGUAGCUUUUUAAACAUAAAAUGGAAAUAACUGUAUAUGCUCUUUUAGAAGCUAAAAUAUCCAAUUCUAAUAGUGUAUAACUAAAUAGAUAUCUACUGUUUUAACAAGUUUAAGUGAAGAUUAAAUAAUAAUAGUAGGUUUUUAGAAUUUAUUUGAAAUCUGGGAUAUCAAAUAAAAUUAAUUAAAUUAUAGAGCUGAUUUUUAGAAUAUAAAUUGUGAUUAAAGAGAUGCAAACACAACUGCUAUAGCAUAGUAAAUUGAUUUUAUGUUUGCCUCAAUAAGUAAAAAUAAUGAGAUUGUUUCUAUUUCUAAUAAUUACAUUUUUGCUUAUUCUAUUUAGCUGUAGAAGACUAUUGUAUUUAAAAAUUAAAAUUUAGGAUUUUAUUGGUUAUAGGCUUUUAUAAUUCAAGAUAAUAUCAUUUUAUCUUCUGAUUUAUCUGUUUCUAAUAUUAAUAAAUUAACAUAAAAAUUCGUUUAUGCUACUUCUUACUUUGGUGGUGGAAGUACUUCUUAUGAUUAUUUUAGUUAAAUUGAGAUAGAUCUUGACUUAAAUAGAAUAAUAAUGAUUAAUGCAUCUGGAAUAUUAUAUUAUUGGUCUUUGAUUGAUAGCUUAGAAGAAAAUUUUUCUAUCUAGUAGUUAUAUGCCAAAUCAUUUUUUAUUGACAAAUAAAUUAAUAAGCUUAUUUAAUAUCCAAGCACUAUAGUAUCAUAAUUCAAUAAGAUAUAUAUAUACUAAUAUAGAGAAGGAAAUUUAUUAGAUACAAUUUCUCUUCCCUUUUCUGAUAGCAAUCAGACUUUUAAAUUGCUUUAAGAUCAAGUAAAUUGUUAUUUGAUAGGUUUUAUAACUGAAACUUCUUAGUAUGUGAUUUAUAAAUUAACUUCUGAUAAUGAUCAUUCUCUUAUUUUUUUAGGGUAGUUGAUUAAUAACUCAAUAAUAGGUGACAUAGUUUUGAUAUAAUCAAGCAAAUAAAUUUUGGUUAAUAUUUAGUAUUGCCUAUAUUUAUUUAAUUAUAUCUAUGAUAACAGCUUAAUAAAUUCAUAAAAUAUUCCUAUAAAGACAUUUAGUGGAAUAGCAAAUACUUUUUUCUUCAACUAUCUAUCACAAAAUCUGUUAAUAGUUUCGGAUAAUAGUAUACAAAUUUGUUAAUUUAAUGGUGUUCAAUUUUCUAUUUAAAGCGAAUUUAGCUAUAAUACAGGCAAUAAUAAUGGCAUAUACUAAUUAGAGUUAUUUGGUAUAAUUAUUUUGAAUAGAAGUAAUAAAAUGUACAUCAAAAAUUACAAUAAUUUAGUAGAAAAUAUAGUUAAUUUCUAGAAUAAUUCUAUAUUAAAACUUGAUAUAGACUAUGAAAAAGGAUUUUUAGUAUUGAUAUUAAAUAAUUAUCAAAUAAAUGUGGUAAAUAUUUAAUCUGGCUAAAUCCAAUAUAAUUUAUAAAUAGAACAAAAAUUAGUAUAUAGUGUUUAAAUAUAGUCUGAUAAAAAUACUUUUUUCAUAAUUUACUAAAACGGAGAUAUAAUAUCCUACGAUUAUAUUUAAAAUUUAUUUUUAGGUAUAAUUUAUAGUGAAUAUUCUUAAAAUGUAAUCUAAUUUAAUCCAUAAUACAAUCAACUAGUUCAAUCUUCUUACAGAAAGGUUUAUACAAGAAGUAUGGAUAACAAAUUUUUAAUUAGCCAAAUAAAUACUUAAAAUGCAAUAAUUAGCUAUUAUAUUGAUUAAUAGAGUGGAUUAACCUUUAUUCUAACAAAUGAGGUUAUUAUAUUUAACCAUGUCUAGUAAAAUUAUCUUCCACCAUUUCCUAAAAGUGUAGAUUUAUCAAAUGCUUACAUUAUUUUUGCCAUACCCUCUUUAAACUAUUUGCUUGUAGGGUUUAGUACAAAAUAAUUUAAUUAAAUUUUUGUCUAUAAUUUAAAAACCUAUGAAUAUAUUACUCUCCUGAACCAUAAUGUUACUUAAUGUAAUAAUGUUCUUAAUUUUUACUUAGACAAUUAUUCAAAUAGGCUAUUCUCGGCAUGUUUACAUCCUGGUACUAUUAUAGCUUGGGAUAUAACUAAAAAUUUCUAAUUAAUAAAAGUUUUAAAUUCUAUACUUAGCACUUUGUUAAUUAGCCAAAUAGUCUUUAAUCCUCAACUAAAUCUUAUCAUGAUAUUAGGAUAUAGUUGGUGGUCAAAAUGUUUAGAUUAUCAAACUUUAUAAUUUAAAUGCGAAAUAGAGGGCAUAUAUGGCAAUUUUGACUAUUCUCACAAUUUAUUAUUUGCUUGGGAUCAAAACGGAGAUUUUAGAAUAUUUGACUAGUUUUGUAAUAUAUUUUUUUAUUAACCUGCUCACUCAAGCUGGAUAAACUAAGCUUUGAUUGAUGAAUAAAAUAUGCUUUUAACAACUGUUAGUGAAGACCUUUUCAUAAAAACUUGGAGUUACCAAAACAUUAUUCAAGUCCAAAAAAUGAAUCAAAUUUAAUUAGCUAAUCCUUUAUCAUAUGCUUUUCUUGAUUAUGAUAAUAAAUAUAUUCUUGCAUCUGAUUAUAAUGGUUUUAUAUAUUUCGUAUCUUAUCCUGAUUUAGUACUUUAGAGAACAAUUUAAGUUACUUCAUAAUAUAUUGAUUACAUAUACUUAGAUACUUUUCAUAACAUGAUAAUAUAUGGGAGUUAAGAAGCUAACUCUAUAGGUUAUUAUAAUUUAAUGGAAUAUUUAAAAGCAAGUGCAUACUCUAAGUCUUUUGCAGAUAUAGGUAUUUUAACUACAUUAAAUGUUGAAAACGGUAUUAUUUUUUAUGAAGGAUAGAAUAUUGUAUAGUUUUGGAAUUCUAAAACUAAUUAGCUGAUAUAUGGCUUUUAUGUGAAUAGUAAACAUCCAUAUAAUGAAGCAUAAGCUUAAUUUUAAAUUUUAGAGGGUUAAAAUAAUAUUGCAUCCUUGAUAACAAUGUAUUAAACUUUAUUUUUUAAUAUUAACACUUUGAGCAUCAUAAAUGUCAAAAACAUAACUUGUUAAAGAAAUACUCAAUUAAUAUCUUAUUUUAUAUGCUCUUACUUAAAUCAAAUUAAUAUCAUAUACCUUUAUGAUUAUUCACUAUAUUAAGUUAUUUAAUUAUAGCCUAAUUCAAUAAUUAUUUAACUCUAAUAAAUAAAUAAAAAUGACUCAUUUUUUAUCACAACAACUCAAGGUGAAGUUUUCUGCUACUAAUUAAAUAUCAACUAAACAAAUCCGCAAUUUAUAUAGAAAUUUAAUAUUAAAGUAUUUGAAGAAGCUAUUUCUAACUAUUAUUUCACAUAAUAGUCUAAUAGUACGUUUUUAAUAAUAUUAUCAACAUUAAAUGGAGGAUUAGUUAAAAUUGAAUUAUCUUAAGAGCUAAGUAUUAUAAAUUAAUAAAUAAUAUCUCAAAGUAAAUAUAGAUCUCAUGCUCAUAUCAUUAAACUCUUUAAAAAUAAUGUAUUUAUAAAGAGAACUUUAGAAUAUUCUCUUAAUAUAUAUGAUAUUCAAAACUUCAACUUGAUUUAAAGCUUAGAUAGUCCUUGUUUAGGAUAUAUUUAUAAAUUAGAAAUAUCUGAAGAGUUAGAUUAUAUCUUAUAGCAUUGCUUAGGAGUAUAUUAGCUAAAUUAUUUAUCAAAUUUUACAUUUAUAGGCCUAGGAAGAUACACAAAAAAUAUUAGUAUAGAUAUUUAUACUCAAGAUUAAAACUAAAUCAUAUUUAUCAAUAAAUAAUAUUUUAUUGAUUUAUAUUAGUAUGAAAUAUACAUCUAUAAGAUAGAUUUUAUAAACUAAUUGAUUAUAUAAUUAAGUGAUUUCUAAAUUCUUGGCUAUUUUCUUGGGAAUGUAGCAAACUAUAAUAUCUAUGACACUCCUGAAAAUACUUUCAUUAACUUGAUUCUCUACAGUUCAGAUUAUUUAUCUUAACUAUAGCUACCUAUUUAGGGUUAAGAUACAUGUGUAGAGUCUUUCCCUAUCAGCCAAUUAGCUUAAGUAUUAUCUUCAAUUUAGUGUACGUUUGCAUAAAUAUAAAACUAUUGCAUAAUUAAUUCAUUAAUAUUUCAAGUAAUCGUAAGUUAAGAAACAGUUAUGCUUUCACUGCCUUCGUUUUAAUUUUCAAAUAAUACAAUAAUAAAUAUUCAAUCUAAUGAUAUUCAAAAUUACUAAAAUAUAAUAGUAGAUGAUAGAUUUUUUUCUUCUUUUUCUGGAUAUAGAUAGAUAAAAUUGUAAAAUCUAUAAAUAAAGCCUAUGAGUGAAUAAAAUUCAAUUUUAUACUAUAAGAUUUAAAAUAUUACUUCUCUUGUGCUCUAAGAUAUUUACUUAAAUAGUUAAAUAAUUUACACUUUUUAGAUAAGUUAGAUAAAUUCUGUUUUAUUUUAAGGUCUCUAUAUAAUUAAUCAAUCAUAUAUAAGCUCAAAUUACAUAUAAAUAUUUAAUUUUACUGCAAUUAAUUAGAUGGUAUUCAACUAAAUCAACAUACAAUAAUCUAAUUUUUAGUAAACUUGCUUAUUUUAUUUUUAAGAUAAUAUCAACAAUCCUCUGACAUCAAUAUUAAUUCAAGAUUCAAUAAUCCAUAAGAGUUAAUUUUAAUUCAUUGAUGAUCAAAGCGAUACUGCUCCUAUAUAUAUCUCAAAUUAUUAAUCUGUAAAAUUUUUAAAUUUAUCUUUUGAUUAAAACAAUGGCUCACCUGUUCCUUUAAUAAAAAGUUAUAUUGUAAGCUAAUUCUAGAUUUUAUAAAUUAACUUUAUUAAUAAUAAUGAUAUCAUGCUAUUAUUGUAUAAUAACUAUAUAAACCAUAUAAAUCAAACGAUUUCUAACACAUAAAAACUGUUGAAAGAUAAUACUGUAAUAUCUAAAUUAUUUAUAAUUAAUAAUACAUUCACACAGUACAAAUCUCACUCUGUGGUAGAGAUAAAUAAUGAUAAUUUAUUUAUUUAAGACAGUUAAUUCAUUUCCAAUAAAGCUAUACUAACUUAAACUGUAUAAUUAUUGUAAUUUUAAAGUAUCAGCUAAUAGACUAUAUCAAAUAAUAUUUUAUAAAUGAAUGAAGGAUUCUUAAAUCUCUUAUUAAUACAAGAAUCAACAUCCACAAUAUAAAAUAUAACUAUUUCUGAUAAUAAAAUAGCUUAAGCAGUAAAAGUUUUAAACUCUUUCGUUUAUCUUUUUAAUUCAAAAAUUAAAAACAAUCUUUCUAAAUCUUAAAAUGAGUAGAUGUCAAUAAUAACUAUUUUAGAUAAUUCAAAUCUUACAAUAUAAGAUUCCUCUUUUGAGUAAAAUCAAUCAAAUUAAGGCGGUUCUCUUUAUAUUAUACAAAGCAAUUUGCAAAUUUUAAAUACAUAAUUUAAUAAUGAUACAAGCGGAGAUUCAGGAGGAUCUAUUUUUGCAUCACAAUCAAUCUUAGUUAUAGAUUAGUGUACAUUUAAUUUAUGCAAUUCUUAAAAUGGUGGAUGCAUUUAUAUAAACUAAGGAAAUUUAUUUCUCAAUGCAACUAAAUCUUAAAAUACUACAGCAAAUUUAAAUGGAGGAUUUCUGUACGCGAACUAAGUUUUAUUGCUUAGAGUUAAUAAUACAAAUAUGUUAAAUUGUAAAGCUAAUAAUAAUGGAGGAUCAAUUUAUUUGCUAAAUUCGGGCGGAUUUGAUAGUUAUAUAGGGAAUUCUAAUUUUGAAAAUAAUAUAGCUUUAGGGAGUGGGGGAAGUAUUUUACUAGAUAACUCAUAAUUAUAAUUAUUAAAUUCAAAUUUUACAGCCAAUUAAGCUGGAGUAGGAGGAGCAAUAAGAUACCUAAACCUAAAACCAAUAUUUUUAGUGAAAUAAACAAAUUUAAUUAAAGAUUCUUGCAAAACAUACUAGAAUAAUCAGUGUAAAAGUAAUGUUGGUAUUGUUUUUGGUAAUCAUAUUACAAGUUACCCAUAAUAUGCAUCAAUUUUACCUAGCAGAGAUUUUGAUGUUGAUAUAAGGCUAUAUCCUGAAAUCAGCUUUAAUAAUUUUAGAAGUGGAUUGAGCAAUUUUGAUUUUACUAUCCAAUUUUUAGAUGAGCUAAAAACUGAUGUGAAACAGAUUGACUUCUAAAAUAGAGAUGUAGCAAGCCAAUUAAGUUAAGAAUUAAUAUCGGAGAUUUCAAAUUAUAAUUGCAAAGUUUACUAAUAUGAAAAUGCAAUUUCUUUGUAAAAUUAAACAAUAAAAAUAGAAGGAGCAACUUCAGUUGAUUACAAGUAUUACAGUUAAAAUAAAAUAGGAUGUGUUAUGAAUAGUUUUAAAGUAACAGGAAUACCAUCUAAAAAUGCAACUUUGAUACUCCAGCUAAAUGGAAUGAAAACUUUAAAUAACUCAAAUUAAUUUAUUGAUGUAAAUAAUAUCAAAAUAAAUAUAAACUUUAGAAAUUGUCGAAUUGGUGAGUUCUAUAGCUCUUCAUGUCAAAAUUGUUCUCUAAAAGAAUGUGUUUAAUGCAUGAACGGUACUUAUUCUCUUGUAAAUCCUUCAGUAGAUUCAAAUAUUUAAUGUAAAAAUUGCGAUUUACAAAAAGCAUAAUCAUGCUAAUUAGAUCAAAUCAUAUUGAAAUAAAACUAUUGGAGAAAAAAUAAAUAUUCAGAUAUUAUUUACUAAUGUGAUGCAGAUAGCUAAGUAUGUAAUGGAGAUGAAUCAAAAGGAUAUUGUGCUUAAGGCUAUAUUGGGGCUUUAUGUUAGGCUUGCGAUAACUAUGGGAGAGUGUGGGGAGAAAGUUAUGGUUAGGUAAACUCAAUUAAUAAAAAGAGCAUAGAGUGCAUGAAAUGCACGUAGCUUCAAAAGAAUAGUUUAAAAUAAGCUCUUAUUUUAAUAGCUGUUUUAAUAUAUUUCUUUUUUUUAAUGUUGGAGGCAUACAAUAAUAACUGUAAAAUAUCAUAAAUAAGAGCGCUAAUGUCUCUAGGUAUUUUAAAUAUGGGGAUUUCUUCAUUCUUAUUAUAGUCUUAGAUCAUUACUAAAAUAUUUAUAAACUAAUUCUUAAUCAUAGCAACUAUUAAAUAAAGUAUGGGUAUAACUUUUCCUGAUUUAUUUUUCAGUUUUAUUACAUUUUCUGAAUUUACUUCAUAGCCAGUUUUGAUGUUUGUUUACUCAUUAGACUGCAGCCUAAGCUUAUUAAAUUAAGAUAUUCCUAUACAAUAUCUUAGAUUUAUUUAUAUUUCUAUAGUUUUACCCUUCAUUCUGUGUUUAUUGAUUUAUUUACUAUCCUAGAUAUUCAUAUAUAUGAUUAAAGUGAUCAGGCCUUCUUUUUCUUAUUACUAUUAAGUUGUAUAUGACAACUCAAAUAUAAUAGUAAGCUCGUUGUUAAUAUUCAUAUAUCUUGUUUCAUAAAAUAUCUAUUAGGCAGGUCUUUAAAUUAUUUUCUGUUUAGAAUUUGAUGGUACUUACUAUAUGAAAAGCUAAAUGGAUUAUUAAUGCUAUACUUAAUAGCACUAUUUCUAUAUAUUUUCCUUGGUAUUGCCAGUUUUACUUAUUAUAGUAGUAGUUUACCCUAUCUUUAUGCUUUAUGUACUUUACAUUAAUAAAAGUAAGCUUUUAGACAAAUUCUCUUCUAAAAUUGUGAGAAAAUAUGGAUACUUUUUCUCAGGAUACAAAAAAAAUAGGUGGUGGUGGGAACUAGUAAUCACUCAGUAUAAAUUUAUAACAUUAAUUAUUGCAACAUAUUUAAGCUCAUAAGCAAUUUAAUAGCUACUUUCAAUUACAUUUAUUCAAUCGAUUUAUUGUGCUCUUUAAAUUUAUUUUAAACCAUACGAAGACAAUAAAAUGAAUAAAUUAGAGCUAAAAUCAUGUAUAAAUACCCUAAUGAUAUUUUGGGUAUCUAUUUUCAAACUGUAUAAUUUUGAUAACAGCUUCUUAAAUGUCAUAUCUUCUAUUUUGUUAGUCUUAGGUUUAAGUUUAUUAUUUGGUUCUCUUAUAUUUAGCUUCAUAGAAGUUUUAAUUAGAAGAAAUUUUUAUCUAUUUAAUAAGAAUAGGAUUUUAAAAUGCUUUAUAAAUUUAAUGAAGUAUAUUAUUAAAGGUAAAGGGAAAAAUGAAAGAUAAAACAUAAAAAUUUAUUUAAAAAGAAAUUUUUGGAGCUUAUACAACUUGAUAUAUAUAGACGAUUACAAUACUUUUAGAGUUUUUAAUAAUUGGAAAAAAGUAAAGAAGCUGCUUCAAUAUAAGAGAUUAUCAACUUUAUAAUUAUAUAGUAUAACUGAAGAAUAAUCAAAGAAAUCUUUUAAAUUAAAAACCUUUAGAUUUAAUUCAAAUAAUAAUAAAUCAAAUAUAAAAAGUCUUUCUAAGCAUAAUUUAUCAUCUGAUCUUAGAAGUUUUUCUAGGUUACUAAGUAACUACAGUCCAUAGUAAAAAUAAUUAAAUUUAUUCAACUAAAGUUAUUAAUAGUAAAAAUUACCAAAAUGA